AAAGAACAGGAAACACGAACGUGAUCGGUCGACGAAGGGACGUUUCUUUAUUUGAACGUUCACGAGCAGGAGAUCUUUACACAAACAGGUGGACAACACGUCUCUGGGUUUCUUCUGGAAACAUCGUCUUGAAUCCUCUGAUUUCGACGGAUGGACUUGAACAGUGCUUCCUGGUCUCUGCCCGCAGAAGAGAAGGAUCCACCGAGGGCUUCCUCUGCUUCACUGGGGCUGGACGGAGUGUGAAUACUGUGAAAAUUCGAGAUCACUUCCUGCUGUGCCAGCUGAGACAUGGACGCCUAUAAGCUGAUGAAGGAGCUGCGGGUGAAUUAUGAGCAGGAGGUUUUUUAUCUUCCUAAAGAAACAGGACUGAGCCUCAUCGAAUCCUCCACACAGGACGACAGUCGGAUCUCGGCCAAGUGCAGAGAUGCCAAAGUUGAGGACCUGUGGAGUCUCACCAGCUUCUUUGGUUACAGCACGCAGACCUUCGUCCUGGCUGUUAACCUGCUGGACAGAUUCCUGGCCAUGAUGAGGAUCCAGCCGAAGCACCUGUCCUGCGUCAGCCUCAGCUGCCUCCACAUGGCGGCCAAAGUGACGGAGGACUGCAACGUGACGUCCACAGACGAGCUCAUCCGCAUCGGACAGUGCAGAUUCACGGUUUCUGACCUCGGUCGCAUGGAGAAGAUUGUCUCCGAGAAGCUCAACUUCAAGUCCAAAGCCAUCACUGCCUUAACGUUUCUGCAGCUGUACCAUCAGAUCGCACUUUCACACUCCACGGACAGGAAGGAGACUCUGAGCCUGGAGAAGCUGGAGGCUCAGCUCAAAGCCUGUCUGUGCCGAAUCUCCUUCUCCAAAGCAAAGCCGUCCGUCUUAGCCCUGUCGCUCCUGAGGCAGGAGAUCAAAGCCGUUCAGUCGGAGGACAUGUUGGAGAUCGCCUCUCAUAUCCAGAGACACUUGAAGAUUGCGGACGGCGAGCUGCGACUGUGGAGCGAACGCGUGGCCCAGUGUCUGUCGGACUACUCCUCGCCCGAGUGCAGCAAGCCCAACCACAGGAAGCUGCAGUGGAUCGUGUCGCGGCGGACCGCCCAGAACCUGCACAGCUACCGCAGCGUCCCCGAGCUGCCCACCAUCCCCGAGGGAGGCUGGGACGAGAGCGAAAGCGAGGACUCAUGUGAGGACGUGAUGAGUUCAGGUGAGGAGUCGCUCAGCAGCUCCCCGGGCAGCGACGCUGAAGGGCCCUUCUUCCCUCUACACUUCCGCCAACAAAAACAACGUCAACACCUCCUUGCCUGAAGCCUCCUGUGCCAACCUCUGACCUCCUGCCCCCCCCAACGUCCUUUAAUUUAUUGCUGAAUAAGCUGCGGUGCUGGAGGAGACUCGUGCAACUGUCAGCUGAGUGCUCCGGAUUCUCCCGAUAGAUUUGGUAGAUUUUAGUUAGUGAAAGUGUUGGUGCAUGUUGAGACGUCACAUUCCAGGGUGCGAGAGUUUGAGGACAAACGAGUGACGUUUGGCAGGUGAACGCCGGUCGACUCAAAGGUGCUGCGGUGUGACGCUCGGUCCUCGGAUCGGAGCAGACACAGUUCUCGUUGUUGAAGAAAUUAUUUGCCAAAACAUGUGGUGUUUCUUUCCUAGAAUGUUUUUGACUGUUAUUAAUCUAAGACUGUUUAAUUAAAGGCUAAAGAGAAGUUAUUCUUUUUGUACAGAGGGUCAGAGCAGCCACGCUGGUGUCGUUUCAUCCUCGUCAACGUGAAAUGAAAAACACACGGGAGCGUUGUAACGUCUCGCGGGGACGUUUUCCAGACGUGUCUGCUCUGAUCGUCUGGAGCAGAGUUUAAUUUGCACAGUUUUUCUUUUUAAAUCUCAUUUCAAGUGUUAAAUGGUAAAACUGGAGUUUGCGUGUGAAGAGAAACUGAAGCGUGAUCGACGUUUCCUCUCAGAAUCAUGCAGUCGCCACAGGGUGUUCAGACAGUGUGUGUGUGUUUGUGUGUGUGAUCCUGGUUUAUAUUUAAAGUUGCCAAUUUUAGGAUGUAGCUUAAAAAAAA